UUUCUGACAAUGCGUAAUUUUAAUUCAUCGGAGUUGGGACGAAUAUAAAGUUCUCUAUCCAUAACGUGUUAUCUUUUUAUUUUAUUUAUUAAUUUUAAGAAGUAUUUUUUAAAAUGAUCAAAGCUAUUUUGGUGUUUAACAAUCAUGGAAAACCACGACUAUCUAAAUUUUAUCACUAUUUUAAUGAAGACAUGCAACAGCAAAUAAUAAAGGAGACAUUUCAUUUAGUUUCAAAAAGAGAUGAUAAUGUUUGUAACUUUUUGGAAGGUGGUAGUUUAAUUGGAGGCUCGGAUUAUAAAUUAAUUUAUCGUCAUUAUGCAACACUAUAUUUCGUUUUUUGUGUAGAUAGUUCAGAAUCUGAACUUGGUAUUUUAGAUUUAAUUCAAGUUUUUGUUGAAACAUUAGAUAAGUGUUUUGGAAAUGUAUGUGAGUUAGAUCUUAUUUUUCAUGUUGACAAGGUUCAUUAUAUUUUAAAUGAAUUGGUAAUGGGAGGCAUGGUAUUAGAAACAAAUAUGAAUGAAAUUUUAAUAAGAAUUGAAGAUCAAAAUAAAUUAGAAAAGCAAGAGGCUGGAAUUAUAGCAGCUCCAGCACGUGCAGUAUCAGCUGUAAAAAAUAUGAAUAUACCACAGCAAAUCAAAGAUAUAAAACUACCGGACUUACCACAAGCAAUUAAAGAUCUGAAAUUUUAACCAGUGUUACGUACUAAACAUAUUUUCCUUUCAGAGUUAAUGAAAGUGUACUUAUAUUCAAUUUUUAUACCAUUAUAUUAAAUGUUUUGUUAUAUAUAAUUUUCU